CAUCUUGUUGCGUCUGCAUUUGACUGGUUAGUGUUUCCGUAAUAACACAGGCUUAGUCAGGUGACAACACAUGCAGAGGAGUUACAGUUUAAAGUUUGUAAAUUGAAAGAAGAACCACAUUCAAACUGACGAGAGGAAGUGCUGUCCCACACAAACCGCUGCAGCCUUUUUGCUCUGAAGGAAGUGAAACUCUUUAUGGUCACAGAGAGAUAGAUGCUCUUGGUCAUUGGAGCAUCUGCUUCAGCUCUCCACACUUGUCUCUGCUGCUCUCAUGAGAAAUACACAGCAGGGUUCACUGCUGACAACUCACUGGCAGAAGGAGUGUGCAGCGAUCCAGAGAUGGGCUUCGGGGAGGACCUUCGGUGUCCGCAGGCCCACGCGGCGGUGCUGCGGCUGCUGGACUCAGAGCUUCAUCUAAUGGAGGUCAUAAAGAAGUGGAUGGGUCAGCGGGCCAAGGGUGAGCGAGACUUCUCAGCACAGUUGCACCAAAUGAGCACCAUGGCUGAAAAGAUGGAGCGACCUCAGAUCAGCUCGGGAUUGGAUUACAUCAGUCAGCUCAACAAGUCAUGGGGAGUGCUGGUCUCACAGACGGAGGCUCUCAGUCAGAUCAUGAAGAGGCGCUCUGAGGAGCUGCAGGACGGCCCCAUCAGCAAACUAACCCUGCUGAUCAGAGACAAGAAGCAGCUUCGCAAAACGUACGCUGAGCACUGGAACCUUCUGAGGCAGGAACUCAACAAGGUGACCUGCACAGAGCUGGAGAAGCUAAAGAGCAGCUACAGGCAGGUGGCGAAAGACGUAGCACAGACCAAGAGAAAGUUCCAGGAAACAAGUAAAGAUAAAGACCGAGACAAGAACAAAGAGCGCUACGUAAAGGCCACGCAGAAGCUGCAUGAGCUCCAUAACGAGUACGUCCUGGCUGUGCAAGCCGCUCAGGUUUACCAUCAGCAUCACUACAGCCAGAUGCAGCCGGCGCUGCUCAGCACGCUGCAGACUCUGCAGCAGGAGAUGGUGCUCAUCCUAAAGGAGAUCCUGCAGGAGUACUUUGACAUCUCCAACCUCCUCCAUCAUGAAGUGGGGAAGAUCCACAAGGAGAUGUCUUUUGCUCUGACAGCCAUCGAUCCUCACAGCGAGUAUGAGAGCUUCAUCCACCAGAACAGGUCUGUGCUGGAAACUCCAGCUUGUGCAGAUUUUGACUGCAGCCUUCUGGAGGACACAGACAAGCUGAAGCCCAAAGAGCUUGAACUGAAUGACCUCACAGUUGAAACAUUACAACACAAAUUGACAGCAACAGAGGAGGAACUGCUGGUGCUGGCAAGGACUCUGGGUUCUCAGCAGACCUUCGUGGAUCAGCUAGAGCUUGAGCUGGAUGAAGAGCAUGAAGGUGUGAGAAAAGGCAAGAGGGUUUACCAGUUCAGUAAAAGGCACGUGAUGGAGGAGAGCAGGCAGCAGGUGGCUCUGUCUCAGGGCAUUAAGGCCAAACUGGAGGUUCAGAGAAUUCUUCUGAAGGAGAAACUGGACCAGCUGGGAUCCAGAGAACCUCCUGUGGCUCUGAUCCUGGAUACAGACUCUGGUUCCAACAUAUCCAGUACAAGCAAUGAGAGCAAUCAAACAUCAGGAAAGCUCCUCGUGGAAGGUAUCCUGAACAAUCUGAGCAGCUUGUUUAAGCCCAAGCUGGAGGUCAUCCCGGGCUCAUCCCCUGUGCUGGAGGUGGACCGUCCUGUGGAACAGCAGGACUGGUUCCAUGGAGCCAUUCCCAGACUGGAAGUCCAGCAGCUUUUAGAAAACAGCGGAGACUUUUUAGUGAGGAAGAGUCAAGAAAAACAGGGUUAUGUGCUCUCUGUGCAAUGGGAUGGAUCCUCCAGGCAUUUUCUCAUUCAGAACACGGAUAAUUUGUACCGUCUGGAUGGAGAAGGCUUCAACAGCAUCCCUAAGCUGAUCCAUCAUCUUCAGUCGUCACGGCAACCGAUCACCAAGAGGUCAGAUGUUUUGUUGAAGAAACCAGUGCUGAAGGAUAAGUGGGUGCUUGAACAUGAUGACAUCAUCUUGGGACCCCUGAUUGGACGGGGGAACUUUGGAGAGGUGUACAGAGGUCGACUACAGGCGGAUAACACUCUUGUAGCGGUAAAAUCCUGCAAAGAGAAUCUGGCUCCAGAGCACAAGAGUAAGUUCCUGAUGGAAGCCAGAAUUUUGAAGCAGUACGACCAUCCCAACAUCGUGAAACUGAUAGGAGUGUGCACGCAAAAACAGCCCAUCUACAUCAUCAUGGAGCUCGUUGCAGGUGGGGAUUUUCUCUCCUUCUUGCGUCUCGAGGGUCACAGUCUGACCCCAAAGACGUUGGUUAAGAUGACCGUAAAUGUAGCAGCAGGCAUGGAGUACCUGGAAAGCAAGAAGUGUAUCCACAGGGACCUUGCAGCGAGGAACUGUCUGGUUGCAGAAGACAACCUGGUGAAGAUCAGUGACUUUGGGAUGUCUCGAGAGCGGGACGACGGUGUCUACUCUGCAGAGGGUGGUCUGAAGCAGAUCCCUGUCAAAUGGACAGCUCCAGAAGCCUUGUACUAUGGUCGUUAUACUACCCAGAGCGAUGUGUGGAGCUUUGGGGUUCUACUGUGGGAGACCUUCUCCAUGGGAAUGACGCCCUACACAAGCAUGAAUAACCAACAGACACGGGAUGAGGUAGAGAAAGGAUACAGGAUGCCCGCUCCACAAGGCUGUCCUGUGGAGAUCUCUAGGAUCAUGAACAACUGCUGGCAGUACGACCCCCAGAACAGGCCGACCUUUAAGAAAAUCCGAACAGAACUCUGUGCAAUGUACAACAAAAUGACAUGAUACAAGCCUCUGAACUGGACUCCUUUCCCUCAUUUUUUAUGCUUGUGUAUUUUGUUCUUCUGAUAAGCAAUCUGAGAACUGAAUAAAUCCCAAAAAUCCAACAUUAUUUAUUUUGUUAAAUCAUCUGAGGAAUUUUGUGAAGUUAUGAUAAUAGGCCAGCUGAUGGCAGUACUCACUUUCAUUUCAGCUUGUGACUUUUCAUGUUCAUAAAGUGUCUCACUGGAGAGAAAAGUGCAGACUUGCCUCAAAUUCAACCUCUACGUUGUCCUGUGUUGAAUUCAGUUUGGUUGUAACUUAUCAUUUUAAAUCCAUCACAGUGUAAACUAACGAGGUGAGAGUUCUUGUUUCUUUUUUGUACAGUGUUCUUGUGAAAUGGUGUGACACAAAUAAACAGAUUGAACUGAAACAGCAUCUGAACCAGGAUGUGACCCAACCUGCUCCUGAAGUUCUCUGCUGGAAACCGACCAACAUUAGUGAAUCACACGUGAAGAAAAGUGCUGCAACGUUACGGUAAUCACAGCUCUGGAAAGGCUCUUUGGUUUAGGUAAGAUAAUGCACCAACUAGGUUUGUAAUUUAUCAAGGAACACACACAAAAACACAAACACUCUCACGUACUCACUCACGCAUGUGCAUGUGUGACCAGCUAAAUUGCCCCACAAUGUGAAAAUGUCCACUUGUUGCAGGAUAAAGUUGAAAUGGGUCCACUUAAACAUAUAAAGACAAGUACACACACACACACACACACACACACACACACACACACACACACACACACACACACACAAUUCUGAAUUGACAAAUCUCCACAGAAACGAAACAUCUUCAAGGAACCAAAGAAGUCCAGUUGUCUUCACCCUCUGGGUGUGUGUGAGGUUUUCAUCUAGUCCCAUCAGAAAAAGCACACUAACUAGGACACAACAGUGUCUCAUAGAAGCUGUUAAUGUUUACUUUUUGAUGUUUACAAGUGAGCACUUCUGCAGUGCUUUAGAACUGCUCUAAUAAUGUAGAAAACUGUCUCUCUGAGCUGCAGGAGACAAUUUGUCACAUAAAAUAAUAAACAGCUGCCAGGAAUUUCUGAUGUUUUCACAAGGUCAUUGUUUUAGGCUCAUUAAGCUUCGUAAAAUGAAAGGAAUGAGCCAGUGGCUCUGUUUUUCUGAAUACUUUAGUCUUUUUUGUUUGUUUUGUUCAGUGUGAAAGAUGACUUCUGAUCUUUAUUUUUGAAAAAUGGUACAGCAAUUACUUUCAUCUGAGACCGGAGUUCCUUUCAAAGAGAAAACUAAUUCCUCUGACAUGUUUCCCUGUGGCCAUUUAGUUUGAGAAUCAUUUAUCACGCUGGAAGCAAAUGCAAACAAGCAGAAAAUCAGGAUUAUUACUGUAAAGUAUAUGACAGUUAUCUUUGAUUAGUGAUUUAUUAUGAAUUUAGAGUAAAUCUUGUAAUGAUAAUAAAAUAACACCUCAGUGUGAGACUUAAUAAUUCACUUUUGCAAUUCAAUUCAGUUUAAUUUUAUUCGACUUGAUUCAAAUCAUUUCAGUUCAUUUUAUUUCAUCUCGGUGGCCGCCAGUGCCACACAAUCUAAUUCUGGUUAGUUAGGUCUGUUUCUCUGUCUCAUCCCGUGCCAUGACUGAUUUCAGAGAGCUGACGUUUGCCAAGUUGAAACUAAGAUUCCUGUUUUGCAGUCUGAUGAAACCAAACCUGCAGAUGAAGUAAACUGAAAAUAAUUAGAAAGUGGUGAGAACGUUCUUGUUCCCCCUAUCUGUUUUGAGUUUCCUGCUUCUAAGCGUCUCUUCCGCGUCAGGGAAAAACACCAGAAAGUUCCCAAACUCUGAGCUCAGAUAGUUGUUCUCUUGCACAGUCGGGCUUCUCCUGCCUGGGCCUGAAUCCUCAGAAACCUUGCUGCUUCGCUUGCUUCUGCAAAGUUUUUGCCACAUUGUCCAAACAAAAGACGUGAGAUGAAAUCAGCUGCUGUUGCACGAUCAGGUGACAUUGUUCAGUGACGUGGAUUCGUCUACCUCUGAUGGAGACGUGGGUGUGUAAUGUCAAGAGGUUACAUUGUUCUGUUACCAACACUGCUGUCUGGACUUGUUUAUACUUGGCUCAGUGUCAAACUUGCACGGAACUGAACCAAUAAUUCGUUUUCAUUUUGAUAACAGGUGCAUUUCCCAUCCUAGAGAUUUCUUUAACAUGGAUCAGACAGACUAGCAGGGGUAAUCCUUUUCAUGUUUCCAUAAUAAGAGACUGCAGGAAUUCACGUUUCAACUCUAAUGUGAGAUUAAUCUGCAGACACACUUCUCAGUAUUCAGGUGCAUCAACAACUGAAGCCUAUUUUAUUAACCUUUAUCUACAGAUACUCAAAGACAGCAGAAUUGGCAAGAAUUUUAACACAAUUUAAAGAGCUGGGAUGUUAACCUCAACAGUAUUUCACCAAAUGAAAAAUGAAGUUCGUGCAAAAAGGGAGGCGUGGCCCCUAUCAGCCCACAGCCAUUAUCCACCUGAGGCGGUUUUGUAAUCGAAACCCCACUGGUUGAGCUCGUUCUGUGACUUUAGUUGUCAGAUGUUUGAUUUAUUUGCAUCCAAGGAAACAAAACACUAACAUAAAAACGAAAAUUUAAAGCUAGGAGCAGAUUCUUCUCUGUCAGUUUCCUGCACUGACAGCAAACAAGUAAUUAUAUAAUUUGACAAAUCAUUCAUCAUUCAUACCGCCACAGUUUGUCUGACUGAAAUAAUAUCUGAAGUGGGCGUGUACCUGCAUUUGCACUGAAGCUGUUCUUGAACUACACCAAUGAAAUGUGAUCCCUUAAGAAAAUGAAUGGGGGGUGUGCCGAGAAUGUGGCAUGACUUUCCAUGCUUUUUUUUUGUGUGUGUGUGUGUCUGGUGGAAAAAAGUAGCCCAGAAUUUUUUACGGAUUUCUAUGGAAAAUUAGAGGUCUACUAUAAAAUCCCAAAACAAAAAUGUGUCAAAUGCAUGGGUGACAGUAGGGGGCGGGCAUCUUUAGGUGUGGGCUGCACAGGGAGAGCCAGCUCCUGCAGAAUCCUAAGGGAGUGAUGUUCAGCAGAAAUCCUGAGAUGGUUUUAAAAAUGAUAAAAGUCGGUUCACCUCAGAAUAAAUCAAGCAGUAAUAUUACAUCUUGGUGCAGACGGAGUAAAAACCGACACAUUGGAGACAUUUUAAAAGUAUUGAUAGGGCCAUGUAACAUUAACACAAUUAUUGAUUUUAAUUAUUGGAUUAAUCACAGGGUUUUAAUGCCCUUGAGCUUAUGUAAGACUGUAGGAUCAGGAUUUUCUGGUUCAGGUUGUUAUCGUUUCAGCCCAACCCAGGACUGGAUUCAUGCCUGCUGCGGGUGCUUCGUCCAAAAUGAAACAUAUUUCUUCUCAUUUUUUGCUUUAAAUUUGUUCAAAUUGCCAAGGGAAAAACAUUCAGAUUUAGUUUCUGCUAUAUUUUUGUAAACUCUGGUUUGUAUAAAAAAGUUACAGAUGCUGAUAAGCUUUGUUCUGCUUACAGAAACACGCCUUACUUCUCUGAAAAGGUUAAACCAAAAUUUAAAAGAAUCAUUUGAACAUUUUUAAGUGGAUUUCAAAGAAAAGUUGGUUAACAACUUUUUUGCCAUCUUGAAACAACUCCAGUCUUUAAAGUGACAGUGUGUAUUCCCCCUGGCAAAAGAUGGCAGUACACACCUAAAUUUUUGCAAGCAAGCAGUAAUUUUGUAUUCGAGUAAGACCUGACCAUGGAUGCCCGUUAGGGUCAAAAACCGCUGGUAGGGUAAUUUUCGAACAUGUACUUCAUUAGAUCGUUCAACCUCCAGCAAAAUGACAAGCACGCCAGACUUCCUGUCAUCCUUGGGACGAGCAAAGACGUGAAAGUGUAAAACAAUAAUGUUGAUGCAUUUCAUCCUCACGGGCUCACAUAGAAGGAAACAUGGCGUCUUAUGUGGCAUCGCCCAGAAUCUUAGACUCGUUACGGUUAUAUUUAACAAGGGCACCAAUAUCUUUUAACAACUGGGCAUCAUUUAAGUCAUUUUCACCAACAUUCCAUUGGAUAUUUCCAGAGAUUAACGGUAAAAACUCCGCAUUGUUUUAUAGCAGUCCGUUCAAAUAGAUGUAUUCACAUUUAUAAAAUGAGAUAUUUCUUCAGAUUGCUACAGCAUGACACAAUUUUUUUUCUUCCAUUAGCUUGUCAGUUCUUUACAGAAGCCCGUUCCCGCCACUCUGAUUUAAAAAAAAGAAGAUGUAUCUCAUAAUUUUGAGACGCUAAACAAAAAUUCCAGGAAAUAUAUGAAUAUCUGAAUUUCAAGUACGAAAAUAAAUUGUUAGUCAAUAUUAAAGGUUCACCUCAAUACUUUGUAACGUAGCCAUGGGUGUGUUUGGGGAUAGUCGGUGUGUUUGUAAGGGCAUCAAUAAUCCAAAUUACUACCUUAAAUACAGUGACGUUAUUUUUUCUCAGUGCAUAUAAACUCGUUAGUCUGGACUCGUAAUCUGACUGAGCCUGACUUUCUCUGCAGAUAAACGCUCAGUCAACCUUGGUCUGGUUUGUAACUCGCCUUCCAGAAGUCAUAGUACGGCAGAAGGGCUUGCUUCAGGAGCUAGCAGAAUGCCACAUCAGAGGAGAGCUAAACGGCAGGUUUUGGGGUCUUAUUUCCUGAUAUUUGGACAUCUCGCCUCUGAUUGGCUAACAGCAAUGUGACUCUACCACUGACUGUGUUUGCUCUGCAAUUUUGAUGUUUUAUCUCCACAAUUACCUCCAGCCUGAAGGAGUUAUGCUGUGUGGUGGAAUUGCUAAUGCUAAUGGUUAGUUUUGAGACAUUCUCAGCUUCCCCCAUCGUGAGCCAAGAUGAGUGAUCCCAUGAAUGUUGAAUAGUGUGACGUAGAUCUGUCAGGCUUCUCAAAUCCUAGGUUUUCACAGUUUAUUUUCUACUUUCAUGUUCUGGCUGUAUGACAAACUCAGAGUGACCAAUUAUAAUUAGAAGUGAUCACAAAAAAUGUUUAUUCAGUGUUCCACACCUUCAAGUGGGUCAACUUGCAGAAUCGGUGGCUGCCAAAAACCUUUUUGCCCAAUGCAGAUCAAGAGAUGUGCAGAAACUGGUGCAAAGUGUUAUUGUUGAAGCUCAUUGUUUUAAUCUGAGCAAGAAUAAAGCAGAAACCUGUGAAUACCACCAAGAUAUGUUACUGGGAGUCGGAGAGUUAAUGCAACUCAUGGUGAUGAAUACGUUUGACUCUGCACUUUUCUAAAAAUACUGAAUACAUGAUUGAAAUUAAAUCAUGCAGGUCUAGAAAAGUGAAAUGAUGCAAUAGACAUUAAAAAAAGAUGUCUAGACCUCUGAUGUGCAACUAUUUUAACUACCUCAAUAAAUGUUUCAAAUAAAAUUUGGUUUAUUUUAAAACCAAACAAAAAUAUUAAAGAAAUGUGGUGUUUUUAAGUGUUAAUUUACUAAAUUUACAAAACAAGUUGAAAGUACAUAGUUUAUUUACUUAAAGCAAUAGAAAAGAUAAAUCUGGUUGCUAUUGCAUAAGUAAUGUGGUCAUGCUAUUGUCUCCCAGGGUCACCUGCAUGUCUGCUUGAGGCAUGUGAGGCUGUGCGGCUGUCGUGUGCGAGGCUGACGUUGCACGAUGCGCCAUGUGAGCUUCAAAGAUGCUGACUGAUAAAGUCACCUCCUCAAUUAUCUAAAAGUCACAUAAUCCUCAGCAGUGUACAGUAGAUUUCCAUCCGCAAGAAGCCACCGAUCGCCUGACACGCUCCUCCUAUCUCUGUGACAUCUAGCUUUCUGGAUGUGCCCGCAGAGUUCGAGGAAAUUCCUGAGGUGUUAGUCGCACUCUGCAGGCUGAAAGAGACACAUCAGAUCAUAGAGCAGGCAGCCUUUCUUUACUGUAACCAUCAUGAUUAUUCUUACAGAGCUAUUAAUACAAAAGCAUGCUGCAAAGGUUGGUUUUGUGUUACAGGAUUAUCUUGUUAAUGAUUGGGAUUUUUGAAAGAACUAAUCUUAUGCCUAUUUGUUUUUAUGUGACACCUUCAAAAUAAAGGUCUUGUUUGGAAGAGUUUUGAGCAAUGUUAGAAGUUGCACAGAUGAUGCAAAAAGUAGUUCGUAAAAGUGAGUUUACCUACAGGUGCAUCUGAUUUCUGUCCUCAUUUCAUUUCUCCCGUACAUUCAGCUCUUGACGCCAGUCAGAGGACAGCUUACAGUUUAUGUAACAAUACUAAACAAAGAAAAAGAAAGACUUUAAGAAGUUCCCUUUGUUUAAAUAGCUGCUGUGAAUUGAUCUGCGCUUCGUUUACUCUGAGACUGACAGCAGAGCCUCAUAUCUCUUCCUUGCUCAUUCCAGCGCCGUGUGCCACACCAUGUGACAGUUACAUUUUUGAGACGCCUUCAUCAGAUACGAUCUGAAACCUCCACAGCGCUUUUCUGUCACAUGUUUAAUCACCGCAGUGUUUCAGGGUAACAUUUUAUCAUUCUUUAGUCAUUUUGAAACGUUUUUUCAACGCAACUGUUGGCUCCAGAUGUCGUGCAAAAAAAAAGUUAAAUGUCAAAACAGUUUGGUCAUUAUUUGCAGCAUUUAGAAAAUGUACAGAAUUUAAGUUGACAGGUAGAUAUUUACUGCGUAAUUUAUUACAUCUGCUCUGUCUGUAGGUCUGGAAUGAUGAAGCACUGACAGGAAGACCUGAACAAGUGAGAAUGCUUCUACUCCUCAGCAUGUCCAGCUUGUGGGUAAAUCUUGAAUUUCCCCACUAGGAUGGACGCAGGAUGUGUGUUCUUCCUACAGACACUUCUGUCACCUGCAGAAACUGUGAUGCAACACUGAGCUUCUGCAGCCUAGAUGGUGUCAAAUUAUCAAGCUGGAGGACCCCCACCCCCCCAUUCACUUAGACAGCAGCAUCAUUCUUGCAUGUUGUCUGUUAGCUCAUUCAGCUGCAUCCUGAAUGUGUGAAGAAACUCUUAUUUUCUAUAGGUCAGAUGUCCCAACUAUGCAAUGUUCCUCUGCUCCAACUCUGCUCCAACUCAACUGAUUCAAUGAAAGGCUUCUGUAAGACUGAAGGACACAAAAAAGAUGCAAAAAAAAACUAAGUAUGCAAGAUUGUCAUCCAUCCAUUGUCCACACCCGCUUGUCCAUGCAGGGUCACGGGGGGCUGGUGCCUAUCCCAGCAAUCUCUGGGCAAGUAAGCGGGAUACACCCUGGACAGGUUGCCAGUCCAUCACAGGGCAAGACAGAGACACACACACACACACACACACACACACACACACACACACACACACACACACACACACACACACACACACACACACACACACACACACACACACACACACACA